CUCCCGCCCCAGAAAUUAUCUCAAGCGUUGCCAGUUUGAUUCCAGAGCCCCACUCGGGUGGGUUCUUUUGUUUCUUUGUUUUAAUGACAGUUCCCAGCCCUUGAGCAUGUCAUGCGCGAUUAAUUCCCUGGCUCUGUUGAAGGCAGCUGGGAUGAAAUUUCUUCUGCAUCAUCCUUUUGGGGAUAAUUGCUUAUGAUGUGACGUCAGCCGGAUUGAUUUUUCUCUCUUGAAAGAGAGAGAGAGAGACUCACGGACGUGUGCGGAGGCCACAGACAUUAACGUUUGGAAUUCCUGCAGGGCAAAAGGAGACGGGAAUGGGCGCUUAGAAGUGUGCGGCUAAGACCUCAGACUGCACCAGUGGACAGAGCCGACCUCUCGGCAGCGGCGUUGCGAGGACUUGGCUGGGACCUGGAAUCCUAUCCUCCCGUAUUUUUCAGACUCCUUGGAAAUUAAGGAAUGCAAUUCUGCCACCAUGAUGGAAGGAUUGAAAAAACGUACAAGGAAGGCCUUUGGAAUACGGAAGAAAGAGAAGGACACUGAUUCGACAGGUUCACCAGAUAGAGAUGGAAUUCAGGGGAAAAAAAAGACCCAGAAGACUCAGCUUCUCCUCACCUCUUGCUUCUGGCUCAGAGCCCUCUCGUUAACUCUGUCUCAGAAGAAAAGCAAUGGGGCACCAAAUGGAUUUUAUGCGGAAAUUGAUUGGGAAAGAUACAACUCUCCUGAGCUAGAUGAAGAAGGCUACAGCAUCAGACCUGAGGAACCCGGCUCUACCAAAGGAAAGCACUUUUAUUCUUCGAGCGAAUCGGAAGAGGAAGAAGAAUCCCACAAGAAAUUUAAUAUCAAGAUUAAGCCAUUGCAAUCUAAAGACAUUCUUAAGAAUACUGCAACUGUAGAUGAGCUGAAGGCGUCCAUAGGCAACAUUGCACUUUCCCCAUCACCAGUGAGGAAAAGUCCGAGGCGCAGUCCGGGUGCAAUUAAAAGGAACUUAUCCAGUGAAGAAGUGGCAAGACCCAGGCGUUCCACACCAACUCCAGAACUUAUAAGCAAAAAGCCUACAGAUGACACGAUGGCCCUUGCUCCCCUCUUUGGUCCACCAUUAGAGUCAGCUUUUGAUGAACAGAAGACAGAAGGUAGGAAAAUUCUUUUAGAUCAGCCUGAGAUAUGGGGUUCAGGCCAACCAAUUAAUCCAAGCAUCGAGUCGCCAAAGUUAACAAGGCCUUUUCCCACUGGAACACCCCCACCACUGCCUCCCAAAAACGUACCAGCCACCCCACCCCGAACGGGCUCCCCGCUCACAGUUGCACCAGGAAAUGACCAGUCAGCCACAGAGGUCAAAAUUGAAAAACUACCAUCAAUCAAUGACUUGGACAGCAUUUUUGGCCCAGUGUUAUCCCCCAAGUCUGUUGCUGUUAAUGCUGAAGAAAAGUGGGUCCAUUUUUCUGAUACGUCCCCGGAACAUGUUACUCCAGAGUUGACUCCAAGGGAAAAGGUGGUGUCCCCACCAACUGCAUCAGACAACCCAUCUGACUCCCCAGCUCCGGGCCCCCCGGGCCCUCCAGGCCCCCCAGGACCCUCUGGUCCUCCUCGAAAUGUACCAUCGCCGCUCAAUUUAGAAGAAGUCCAGAAGAAAAUUGCUGAGCAGACCUUCAUUAAAGAUGAUUACUUAGAAACAAUCUCAUCUCCCAAAGAUUUUGGGCUGGGACAGAGAGCAACCCCACCUCCCCCACCACCACCCACCUACAGGACUGUGGUUUCAUCCCCUGGACCUGGCUCGGGCAGUGGUACGGGGACCACCAGUGGUGCAUCAUCCCCUGCUCGACCAGCCACUCCCUUGGUUCCCUGCAGCAGCACCACCCCUCCACCGCCUCCUCCCCGGCCUCCAUCUCGGCCAAAGCUACCUCCAGGAAAACCUGGAGUUGGAGAUGUGCCCAGACCUUUUAGCCCUCCCAUACAUUCUUCCAGCCCUCCUCCGAUAGCACCCCUUGCCCGAGCUGAAAGUACUUCUUCAAUAUCAUCCACCAAUUCCUUGAGCGCAGCCACCACUCCCACAGUUGUGUCAGAAGAUGAUGUUUUUUAUGACAAACUGCCCUCGUUUGAAAGGCGCUGUGAUGCACUGGCAGGUUCUUCCAGGGGACCCAGCCCCCUAACCAUGGGAGCCCAGGACACCCUCCCUGUUGCAGCAGCAUUUACAGAAACGGUCAAUGCCUACUUCAAAGGAGCAGAUCCAAGCAAGUGUAUCGUGAAGAUUACUGGAGAAAUGGUUCUGUCCUUUCCUGCUGGUAUCACCAGACACUUUGCCAACAACCCAUCACCAGCUGCUCUGACUUUUCGGGUGAUAAAUUUCAGCAGGUUAGAACACGUCCUGCCAAAUCCCCAACUUCUCUGCUGCGAUAAUACCCAAAAUGAUGCCAAUACCAAGGAAUUCUGGGUAAACAUGCCAAAUUUGAUGACUCACCUAAAGAAAGUGUCGGAACAAAAACCCCAGGCUACAUAUUAUAAUGUGGACAUGCUCAAAUAUCAGGUGUCUGCCCAGGGCAUUCAGUCCACACCUCUGAACCUGGCCGUGAACUGGCGGUGCGAGCCGGCCAGCACUGACCUGCGCAUAGAUUACAAAUACAAUACGGAUGCAAUGACAACGGCCGUAGCCCUCAACAAUGUGCAGUUCCUGGUCCCCAUAGAUGGAGGGGUAACCAAGCUCCAGGCCGUGCUCCCACCCGCAGUCUGGAAUGCUGAACAACAAAGAAUAUUGUGGAAGAUUCCUGAUAUUUCUCAGAAGUCAGAAAAUGGAGGGGUGGGUUCUUUAUUGGCGAGAUUUCAGUUGUCUGAAGGCCCAAGCAAACCCUCCCCAUUGGUUGUGCAGUUCACAAGUGAAGGAAGCACUCUUUCUGGAUGUGACAUUGAACUUGUUGGAGCAGGGUAUCGGUUCUCACUCAUCAAGAAAAGGUUUGCUGCAGGAAAAUACUUGGCAGAUAACUAAUAAAAUCUUAUGCAAGGAUUUGGAGGAUUCAUAUAAUGGAGAACUGUUGUCUGAGAAACAGGUUUUAAUUUUGGUUUGAUGGAAACAAACCAAAAUCUGCACUUGGGAUAUAUCUGCUGGAAAUGUCCAUGACUUUCAGCAAUGAUUUCCCUCACACAAUACCAUGAUGACCAGUCUUACAGUAUUUACUUCUAGGUGUAAUAUUGUUAAUGGUUUUAAAAUGUAAUUAUUGUAUUUGUAAAUUGUACUCAUUCCAGUAAGGCAGUUAGACACUUGAGUUUUAGCAUUUUACCAUUCCUGAAAUGGAUGUGAUUUAAACGGUGGUAUGUAAAUUUAAUAGUAGUACUGUUGAAUGGCACAAUGAUUACAGAGGUAGAUUGCAUUUUGUCAAUAUAUAAAAUCUAAAUAUAAUAUUGAUAGCUGUCAUAAAGGGGGUGCCACAUACAAAGAAAAUUAAGUGGAACCAGAAAAGAAAAACAACUUCCUUUUCUUCAAUCCUUAGUAUGUUUUACUCUAGUGCUAAAUAAAAAUUCUAUCUUCAAAUAUUUAGUGGGUUAAAUUCAGAAACUAUUUCAGAAAAAAAAAUUCUAAAGUUACAGCAUAUUCAAGAAGAGCAUUAAUUACCACUUUUUAAAAAAGCUUUUUUUUCAAACUGCAAAUUUCAUAAAAAUGCGAACUGUGUAAACAGGGCCUCUUAUUUUUAUAACUUGUGUAAAAAGGGAAAGCAAUUCAUAUUUAAAGUUUAAGUAUAUGAAAUUAUAAUCAAGAGUAAAGAAGAUGUUGAAGUCUUAACUACUUCCCCCUCUCUCUGCAGUUUAACGAAUGUGGAGAUUGCUGAAUAAUAUCAGAUUAAAGCCAAAAUUGUGAUUUUAAAAUUUCAAGACUUUCCAAGGUUGAACUGCUGAACAACUCUUGCACAAUUACUCUAAACAGUCUCUCCCAUCUAGCAUGGAGAAUGGUACCACGUAUCUUUCUCUUUACCUGCAGGAAUCAAAACAUUAAGACUAAAAUUCAGAAGAAAAAAUUAGUCCCCCGUUCAAGUCCAGAAGGAAAAUUUUAAUCAUCAUCAUUUAUAUCGUUUGAGAAGGAAAAAAAAAAGCUUUAUAAAUGAAAUUCUAUCCACAUUAUUGUGCAAUAAAUUUCCUUUUGGAUAAGAUUCAUCAUAUGUUAACUAUAAAUCUUUGCCAUUCUCGGGGAAUCAGAGAGUUAUCAAAAAUUUAUGUCAUGAUUUCAUUGUCACAAGGUAUAAUUAAAACUGUAAUUACUCAGUCUGGCCUCACAAUGUGAGGAUUCAGAACAGAGAAGCACUUCUUCUGGGUGGGUCUUGGUUGUAAAACUUUCCUCCUCUACUAUCUGAAAACAUGAAACUUCCUUUAAGUCAUAGACCUUCUUUUAAACAUGAACCAAUUCUUAUUCUAAGUUAUACUAUUAAAUAACUGGAAUUAUUAAGCUGUUGUAUUUAUCAUUAGCUGCUAAAUUUUAUUUUAUGUUCACUUACAUUUGACAAAGAAUCGUUAGUCCCUUUAAAUUUUAGAAUCAAAUUAAAUUUUGUAAGUCUUACUUUUAAAAUGAGAUUGUGACUGGCAAUUGUUUAUAGUGGAACUUUUUAAAUUAAUAUUUGUACUUCUCAAUCAGUGCUUGCUACCAAGAGAAUGUUCAAAAUGAUCUGUUUUACCUCAGAAGAAUUCCUACUAUUCAAACACUCUCAGUUGGCUCCCCAGACAGUCUGGUGUGGAAGUUUUUUGGACAAAUUAUUAAUAUACUCAUUUUAAGUAAAGAUAUUCAAUUUGAUUUUGAAACCAAAAUAGAAUAUGCAAACUUUUAAAUCCCACAAAACAUGGGGAAACAUCAAACACUGAAACCAAUGGAGAGUAAGCAGCAGAAAAUUGAGAAUUAUCCAGCAUACGAAUAUAAAAAUGCAUUUUUAAGUAAUCAAUUCAUAAGGAAAACGUAUUGAGUAUUAACACAAAACAUAUUAAAAAUGUGUAAAUAUUACUGGUUCUUAUGUCUUGCUCUUUAUAUUUUAUUUUAUAUAGUUCUAGAGUGAAUUAGUAAUUAAACACAAGGGUUUUUUUUCAAAGAAUAAUUUUGUUGAUAUUGUAAAAAUAUAAUUUGAAACAUAGACUACAAUAAUCUCUAACGUUAUUCAAACGUUUCCAGGAACUAAAUUUGACACUAUGAAGAUCUCUUAUGAUCCCUUAUCUGGUCUUUGUGAAACAGAAUGGAGGUCAUUGGCUUCAUAAUUAUUAAACUUUCAAUAACCAGAACCUCAAUAGAGAAAAUAUCCCUUCUCCUUUCAGAAAAAUAGGUCAAAUAAUAACACAAUAAACUCAUAUCAGGGCUUUAGAUUUUGGUAGGUUUUUUUUUAACCUUGUAGUUUACAAUCUCCUCUUAUACCUGUAUCCAUAGUACUGUACAAUAAGAAUUCAUAUUAGGAAAAAAGAUCCUAGACAAUGCAAGGGUCUCUACUAUAUAUUAAAAAAAAAAAAAAACAUUGUCAGGUUCAUUAUCAGUUCCUAAAACAGAACAAAAUGGGCAAGUACAUAUUAAUAUUUUCAAUACCAGGGGUUAAAAUAAAGAGUUCUCAUUAACCAGAACACCAUUUCUUGAGAUUUAUGAUUUUAAAAGUUUCUGUUCUAACAAGAUAGAAAGUAUGAAUGAUAUUGCUUUAUUUUGACAACAUGAAAAGUAUGUUUUUCUUUUUAAAUAAAUUCCAUAUUUUCUUGAUAUUUUUGAAAAAUAAAUUCUUGUUAAGAAUUAGUCUGAAUUUUACCAUAGCUGGAAUUUAUAAUUCCUAAGAAUUAAAUUUUUAAUUAUUUUUAAAGCUCUGUUCUUCUCUACACCUACAGACAAAAUGAAAAUUCACUGUAUGGUAUUUGAGAAUCUAUUUCACCUAGAAAGAAAGAAUGUCCACAUUUCAAAUGGUUUUGAGUGAAUAGAGAUGUUUUAUUUUUGCUUUUAUGUAUUUUUACUCAAUCUGCAAAGUGUUUGAGGCAAUCAUGACACAUAUUUUCAUUUCUAAAUCUUCUUUUCAAAGAAGCCUGGUGACUACAUUAACCCUAUCGCUAACUGCUGUUGUGUGACGUUGGACAAAUCACUGCCUUUCUCAGUUUCUCAUCUUUAGAAUGAGGGAUUGGGAUUGCCAGUGGUUUUCAAGUUUUUCUUAACAGCAGGACUUUUUUCUACUAAAAUUGCAUAUGGAAUCCUGUUAGGUAAAACAGCUCAAAGCAAUGAUGGAGUUCCUGCAGCAGUUUAGAUCUGGGUGCCCCAACCCCACCCCAGCAGAUUUAAACACCAUCAUAACACACCCAACCACCUAUCAAAUUUUUCCCACCUCUAAGUUCCACAAUUCUACUAGAUCAGAUAGAUCCACUGUGGCGGCUUCAUAAGAAAACUUGUACAAUCACAGUAAUUGACUGAUAGAUUAUAAAAAUUUACAUUUACUUGAGUGCUUACCAUAUACCAGUCACUACAGAUAUUUGCUCAUUUAAUCCUCAUAGCAACCGAAAAGUUGUUAAGUACUCUUUGUGAUUCCUAUUUCACAAAUGAUGACAUUGAGGCUUAGAAUAAUUAAUUUCCCCCAAGUGACACAGCAGCGGGAAGUAACCCAGUUGUCUUGACUGCAGAGUGGGCCCCUGACCAGUUUUGCUUGUUCAUUCUGGGAAAUAAACUCUUCUAUUUUAUUUUACUAUAUAUAUCAUUUGAAUCCCAAGGUUAACGGUGCUAUGAAAAAUUAGUAUCAAAAUAAGGAUAAUUCCAAUAGCAAAAUUGUUGGAAAAGGGUAUGUUUCUCAGAGUAUGACUUGUGGACCACUUGUAUUAACAUACAUUUAAAAGGGCAAUGAUUUUGGCUCAGUCACCACUAUCCCGGAGCCUAGACGAUAGCAGGAAUCAACAAGUUUAUAUUGAAUGAAUAAAUCUCUAGGGAUGGAUUUUAGGAAUGUGUAUUUUGACAAGCACCCAAAAUCUGAGAAUCACUGCCCUAAGAGACCUCUGAGGUCCUUCUUAGUUAUGACAUGAUAUCAAAUUUUAAACAUUAAAUUGUAAAUUGACUAUCAUUUUUCUAGUGAGUUUAUUUUUCACUCAGUCCAUUUAACUUUCUCCAAUCUCAAAGAAAAAAAAAAGAUUCAGGGCUUUUUCUAGGAAAAUCCCUGUCUUUUCCUUAAAGUUCUCCUCUCAUGCUAUCUAGUCUCGAAGUGGCCUGAAAUGCAUUCUCUCAUUUUCGUAUCUCUGUCCUUUUCAUCAAUGUCUUAAAAGACCUAGAGAAGCAGUAGGCUGAUUGCAAGCUAUCUCUCACUGCAAAUACAAAGUCCCAAUAAAUGUCUCCCUCCUUGCAAGAGACACUCAGAUGGAUAUGUAGAUUGUGAGCUGACCCUAUUUAUCUUGUAGGCCUUUGAAUUGGAUGCUUUAUAAGCAUGGACCAGUGUCAUUCUAGAAGAGUUGCACCAAUAAUUUUUAUUUUUCCUUUAUUUUUUUCAUAAUAAUCACAGCUGUCAAAAUUUGAAUGACACAGUAAAAUAUAUAAAUAUCUACUAAGAAGAUGAGUUUGUUGAGUUUUGCUUUUUUUUUUAAGCUUUAUUUUUUCCUUACAGAUUAUGCAUUCAGCAAAAUCCCAUUCAGUCUAAAAGUACUCAUUUUGCUACAUGGUUUUCUGACCAGCAAUUUUUUUUAAUGGAAGCAAAAUUUUUUAUGAUAUUAAAAGGAGGAUGACCUCUAAAUAUCAUUUGAAAAGUUAAUAUAAGUAAGAAUGAUGUUUCCUUGAAAUAAGUCAAAUUAAGUUGCUGUUAUGAAUGAACAAAUCGAUCUGUUACACUGAUUGAAGAAAGUGUUCUGAUGAUCCACCCCACCACUUUUAACUGUGUGCACUUCUGUUAGGAGGCUUUAUUGGAUUUUCCUGCUUCUUUUGUGUCUGUUUUUUUUUUUUUUUCCAUUUGGCAAACAACAUCUAAAUGCGAUUCCCGCACUCAUGAAUUAAACAUGCCUGCCAUUACAUUACUUUUUGUGCACGGAAUGUAUGGAGGGAAAAUGAGGUAGAAAUCCAAUAUUUAAAUCUCCAAAUAUUAAAAACAAACAACAACAAAGGAAAACCCACUAGCUUUUUUCUGGGUCAUUGCUUUGAUGUUCUGUCAUCUUCUGUAGGUUAAAGUUGCAAUUUUAAUAUCUAAUUCAAAUUGAAAAAUUCUUCUUGACGGAAAGUCAAAUUUUAGGGUCUCUUGAGUUGACUGUGGUCGGAUCUCUUGACUUCCCCUCAUGUUUAAUAUUUGAUCUCUAUCCUAAAUGAGUAUUCUUGUGAGAGAAGGCACCUCCUUAUUGACAUUCACCAUAAGUAUAAUAAUUUAGUCUCUAGGUAUAACUUCUAAAGUUAUUUUUCCUUGACUUACAGUAUUUUUGAUUGCCUUCUUCUAUCCCUAGGGUGGUAGGUUGCUUAUUCUAAAUACACCUUUGACCUUAUAAGAAAAGAUGUUUCAAUGAGAAGCAAAUAUAUUUUUAUGUGUCCCUUAAUGCCUAAAAGAAAAUAAUUAAAGGAUACUUCUGCAUUCACCUAUAUUCCAGUAUUUUCCAAAUCGUGUCCAAGUCAACUGUUUCUCACAAAUGUUCACUGUGUCCUGAGAAUAUAUGAUCCUAUGCCAUAGUCCCUACUCCUCGGAUAUUUGAUAAUAAAUGUUAGUGUUUUAAUGAAGCUUAAGAAAGUUAUUAAAUCACAUAAACACUUUUUUUUUCUAAACACACCUUGAAGAAACUUUAGAAAAGUUUUCCUGUAACACCAGCUUACAUAUCCUUCAAGAACCCCAAAUAAUACAACCAGGAAUGUUUCGAAAGGAUGCUUCUAGGUUUUUGUUUAACUUUAAGAAAAAUUCCUGCCAUUUCAAAUGAAUUAGUAUUACUUUAAAUUUCAUUAGUAUAUCUUAGUGAAUUUAACUUUAUCACCUAAAAUAUUCAAAAUAAAACAACAAUGUUGUUUUAAUAUUUUAAUUUUUUAAGUAUUAUUUUUAAGGUCUGCUCCUAUGACCAACACAUCAGGCCACCAUCUGUUGAAAACAAUCCAAAUUGUUUUACAGAAUGAAAUUUAAGAAAUUGAAUCAUGAUAGUUGAAUGCUGACCUCAUUUUUACAUAAUCUUGUUAGAAACUAUACGAAAAACAUUUUUAAAUGAGAGGGAUAUAUUAUUUAGCAAAGAUUUUGCAGAACCCUACACUCUAUUAAUGAACAUUUCACAGUUCUUUUUUGCUAUGCCUUAUUUUGCAAAUCAAUUGUUUUUACACAAAAUCAGCAAAAUUCCUUUAAAAAAAUUCCUGGACAAACUGAUUCAGAGUAAAGCUGGAUCACUUUACAUUUCUCCAAAUAUAGCUCAAUUUUUAUUUAGAGGUUGUGAAUUGGCUUGAUAGAGAAGCCAUUUAUCAUUUUAAAUAUUCCAUUGAAUGAGUAUAUCAUGCAAAUGUUAAUUCCAUCUCAUUUGUUGUUAUAUAUUACUUCAUUGACAUUUUCUCUCCUUUUCUUAUUUUUGACAAAACAAAUGCGUAGUGUUAUUCAUACAUGAAUCAUUACUUCAAACUAUUUUAAUAAUACACCAAAUGACUACCACUGGGAUCACUGUCCCAAGGUCCAAAGCCAGAUUUUUGUCUUUUCCUUGUGAGAGAUGAUAGGAUGAUAAUUCUUAUAGCUUUGUUGAAUUUGCAGUUCAGUAUUGAAUUCUUGCUUUGUUCAAUGGAGGUGCAUGAAAGAGACUGGCUCCUGUCUGAUCCGUCUGUUUCCUUUCUCAAUCUAAGAGAGUUGGAAAAUUGCUCCUGAUUAUUUUUUCUUGAAAAAGCCACGUGUUGGUAUAUUUAUGAUGAUAUGCUAAUCUUAUCUCUGAGCAGAGCCUCACUAUAGGCCAAGCAGUCCUUUAUAGAGCUGGCUUUUUUAACUGUUUGACUAUUAUUGGGUUUCAAUAUACAAAUACUUUUUUUUUAAUUUUUCACUUCGUGUAGAAAAAAAACUAUGAAUAAAAUGAUCAAGUUUUAAUUUUCAUGCCUACUAAGUGGCAUUCAUUUUUCUUCUUUAGGAAAAGAAUCUCAGAGAAAUUUUGCUGUGUUUCUAGAGGUAAUAAAAUUCCAUCAGUUGUUUUUCUUAAGAAAAAUGCUAUUAGUGUAUCCUUUAAUCUGACUUGAUGGUAGCCUUUAUUCAGAACUCCCCAUGAUCUUUAUAGCGACAGUAAACUGAAUUUCUUCAUGACCUUGUAUGGAGUAUAUGUAAUUUCACAAAAUUCCUUGAGCAUAACAUAUUUAUAAAAGAAAUUGUGGGUUAAAAUACUCACAUAUUUAAAAUAUUUUUUAAAUCUAGUUAAAAUGUUGAUGCCUGGCUCUUUUUCCUACAUGUGUAAUUCAACAGAGAGUACUUUUAUUCUCAUAGCCAUUACUGCUCUGUCUGUGAUGAAAGGUUUAUUGCUUCUGUGCUGUGCUCAAGAAAAAAACCAGCAAAAGAAGCAAGGGUUCACUGCUGCAAAGCUGUUGAGCAAUGGUGACAUGAAUGUGUAGUAUUGACUUAUGGAAGAUAAUCAUGAGAACAUUUUAACGUUACUUGCCUUAUGAGUUAGAAAAGGUGUGGAUAUCAUUUUUUUGUAAAUAAUGAUUUUUACAAAUGUUUUUUCCUUCAUAAUUUUCCCAAUCACCCAUUUCACAAAAUCCUGAAUAUGCAAUUAUUUAUCAUGACACAUUACUGCAACUAGGGUUCCUGUUUCAGAACAAACUUUAAUUAUACAUGAGAUCAAGAUGAAAUAUCUAAAGUAAGUUGUUAUUUAAAUGUGAUUUUUUUUCUGGAAAAUAAAUGAAAAAUGUAAAAAUAAACUGAGUUGUG